CUACAAACAAUGGCAAUACUUUUAUCGCAAGGAGGGAGAAAGAAAUUCAUCAUCAAUGGAGCAGACGAGGCCCAAUCGGAGCGACGUCCACCUCGACGCCGAAGAAUCCGCAAAGCUGGAGGCCGCCGCCCGCCACUACUUCGACGAGGCCGCGCCUAAACGACAUACCAAGCCUCAGCGGAGCGAAUACUCUUCCGCCUACACCGAUGCGCUCUCCGCCCACGAUUCCGCCGCUAUUCCUGAACACAUUCAGUUCCAGCGCCUUGAGAAGGACGACAAUCAGAAGCUGGUGUAUGGUGCGAGCCAAGUUCCUGAAGAAUUUACGGAGACUGAAUACUACCAAGAUCUCAACGGUGUUGAUAAGCAGCAUCACACGACUGGAACAGGGUUCAUAAAAGUGGACAACUCUACAGGAGGAAAUGGGUUCAACCUUGCCCCAGAUGUUGCUGCUGAAAGCCAUCCCCCUUCCAAAGGCAACCCUGCCACAAAUGAUUGGAUUCCAGCCAAUGCUGCUGCUGACAAGGUAAGGUCGAUGUUGAGAGUGGAAAGCCCAGCAGGAGUGGCUGAUUUCAACUAAAUGUAUGGAAGCAAAUUUGGAAUUAUUUGUUUUGCUGUUACUUUAAUCUAUUGGUGAAUCAGAACUCUGCUUGAGAAUAGAUGGUGUUUCAGCCUGUUGUUUGAAUCGGAACUGCGCCAUGCACUUCCCAUAUAUAUCAUAUCAUCUAGUAAAUAAAAUUCUGGCAUUGCAGUAA